AUGGUCCUAGCAAUCAUCGUGCCUGCAGGCACGUUUACGUCGAGUAAAAGCACGCUACAGCGCAUUAUGAUGACUUCCAUACAAGACGUGCCGGUACUUGAUGACACCUGGAAUGCUUGGCCAUCUCGCACCUGGGUCGGUACAGGCCUGGUGCAGUGGACAAUCGCGACAUUGUUCAGUGCUGCGGAGGCUGCAUCAACUUUGGUGGCAGGCGUCGCAUUGUUUUUGAAGUUUAAUGAUGCACGCCCAGCGCGCACGGAUGAUAAUGAGCCAGAACUCGCAUCCCCGCCUACUAUGUAUGUCGAAAUUGGAUAUACGCUUCCCGAACCUAUCCGUGAGAGCGGUCCAGAUGCUGGGAGAACACAGCCCGCGCCCUCGGAGCAGGCCCAGUCGUCCGCCACCACAAGCACCUCCCAUCGUCUUCUCGCUGAGCCCUUGAUCCGAUUCCGAGUGGGGCAACGCCUCGCGGCCGCGUGUCCGGGCCGGAAGGGGACACGCACGUACCUACAGAACUACGUAGCGGGCUUCCGGCUGCGUUGGUGGGUGCCCGCUGCUGCUUUGUCAACGGUGGAACGCGAAGACGCGAAGGCAGCCUGGGUGCGCUGGCGCGCUAUGCGUGGCUGGAGAUACUGA